GUGAUUCAUAGUGAAACACUGUUGAUGGCCGCCAGUCAAGGCCAGGCCCUCUUUCCUGGAGCCAGAGCCACUGCAGGCCGGGGAUGGAGGUGUCCAUACCACGUGACACCUGCAAGACUUUAACUGCCACCCCUCUAGCCUCUGAAGGGUGAACCGUCUACACUGGCCUUCAGGAGAACUGGACACUCUGGACCCACCUUCACCGGGUCCUGUCCUCGCCCACUCCCAUGAUCUGAUCGAUCUUGCCAAAUAUGGAGGCUGAAGAUUAUUCAAAGGCUGAAGACAGACCUGAGGACCCAGGUUCCAAAAAUGAAGGGCAGUCCUCUGCUGUGCAGCCUGAUUUCCCACCAGAACAGCAGUCCACUGGCCCCACUGUCCUCUGGGAUAUGCUUGACAGCAAGUUUCUGGAAUACCAGCAGCUGAUGCACAAGAACCCAGAAGAUCGUAGGAGGAGCCUGUUGAGCUUUCUCCCCCUGUUCCUAAAGGCUUGGGAACACUCCGUGGGCAUCAUCUGCUUUCACAGUCUCCAAAGACUGGCAGAAGAUGUGUCUGACCAGCUUGCUCAAGAAAUACAGCAGGCUCUUGCUGGAAAGCCCGCAGAGCAAGCCCGGGCCGCAGCUGGGAAGUUGCUGCGGUGGAAGGGGGACGUGGAUCAGGAGAGCUUCUUGCUCCUGAAGUCAGUGUAUGUGCUCACGGGGACAGACUCGGAGACGCUGGGCAGAGUGGCCGAGUCGGGGCUUCCGGCCCUGCUCCUCCAGUGCCUGUACCUCUUCUUUGCCUUUCCUGUGGAAAAGGAUGAGGAUGAGUUUUUAGAGAGUGAUGUUCAAGGUCAGAGGAUGUUUGUACAGAUGUUGCUUAACAUUUGCAGUGAGUCUCGGGGCCUGGAGGGACUUCUCUCAGGAAGUGAGCUCCAGUCUCUGCUGAUUGCUACCACCUGUCUGCGGGAGCACAGCUGCUACUUCUGGAAAGAGCCCACCUUCUGCGUGCUGAGAGCCAUCUCCAAGGCUCAGAGUCCCGGCAUCAUUCAAUAUCUACAAACUACCAACUGUGUCCGGCUUUCAGUUCAGAACCUCUACAAGUUGGCAGACACUCUCCCUGCGCCCGAGGUGAGCGAAGCUGUGAGCCUCAUCCUGAGUUUUGUGAAAGACUCCUACCCCGUCUCCUCUGCUCUGCUCCUGGAGUUUGAGAAUGGGGAGGGCUACCCUCUGCUACUCAAGGUGCUCUUACGCUAUGACGGGCUGACCCAGGGUGAGGUGGACCCCCAUCUGGAGUCACUCAUCGGGUUGGUGGUGUGGCUGACGACCUGUGGGAAUUCAGAGCUGAAGGUCUUUGACAGUGUCACUUACCCUCAGCUGGAAGGCUUCAAGUUCCAUCGUGAGGCUUCUGGGGUGACCGUUAAGAAUCUCCAGGCCUUCCAGGUCCUGCAGAAUGUUUUCCACAAAGCCAAUGACUCUGUCCUUUGCACCCAAGUCCUUUUGGCCAUCAAGACCAUGUGGGCUUGGAACCCUCGGAACUUCUUCCUGCUGGAGUGGACCCUGCAGCCCAUUUCGCAGUUUGUGGAGAUUGUGCCCCUGAAGCCGACUUUGGUGCAGGAGCACUUUUUCCAGUUGCUGGAGACCCUGGUGUUCCAGCUUCUCUAUGUGCCCCAUGAGAUCCUGGGGAAAGUGCAGCGUCUGAUCAAGGAGAGCCCAGAGCUGUCUUGCACCCUCGUGGCCUUGCAGAGCAUCCUCAGGAUCACCGCCAGUGACCCACUCUUCACUGACAUCUUCCGGGACUCUGGACUGCUAGGCCUGCUGCUGGCCCAGCUACGGAAGCAGGCUAAGAUCAUGAGGAAGUCAGGUGCACCACAGAGGGGAAACAAAGAGCCGAGUCCUGGCGUUCGGGAUCCAGAAAGGGAGCUCACCUGUGUGAUGCUAAGCACUGUGGUCACAUUGCUGCAAGGGUCAGUUCGGAAUGCAGUUGUCCUGAAGGAUCAUGGCAUGGUACCCUUCAUCAAGAUCUUCCUGGAUGACGAGAGCUACCGGGGGGCUUCGCUCAGCAUCCUGGAGCAGCUUUCAGUCAUCAACGCAGAGGAGUACAUGAGCAUCAUCGUGGGGGCUUUGUGUUCGUCCACCCAGGGAGAGCUGCAGCUGAAACUGGACCUUCUCAAGUCUCUGCUGCGGAUCUUGGAGACCCCAAAGGGACGUGCUGCGUUCAGAGUCUCCAGUGGGUUCAAUGGGCUGCUGUCCCUACUCUCCGACCUGGAGGGGUCCCUUCAAGUGCCUGCGACAUCGAUGUGGAGUGCAGUGUCCCCCAGACAGACCCUGGAGCUGGUGCUGCACACUCUUUGUGUGGUGUCUGCUGCGCUGCAUCUGGACCCCGUCAAUGGACACUUCUUCAGGAGAAACGGGCUCUUCGAGAAGCUGGCGGAAGACCUCUGCCUACUGGGCUGUUUUGGAGUCCCUGAGGAGGAGGGGGUGCCGCAGCACACGGGGUCUGACACAAAGGCCAGGCCCUUUGCGGUUUUACUGAACUGCGCCUUUUCUUCCAACUGCCCGUUCCCACCCAGGGUGCAGAGCUGCCUCCAGAUCCUCAGCUUCCUGGACAGCAUGGCCAGUGGCACCCUCCACCUGCGCGACGACCUGAAGGAGUCGGCCAGGUCUGGGCGGGAGCCUGCUGCGGAUGUUCAGAAGGGAGGAGCUGGUGGUGGCCUCCAAGGCAACUUGAAGCGGUGGCCAGACCCGGAGGAGAGGAUGGAUGAGGGUGACAUCAUGAUCAUGCACCCAGGGAUCAUCUGCAUCAUGGUGAGACUGCUGCCUCGGUUGUACCAUGAAGAUCACCCACAGCUUUCUGAGGAGAUCCAGUGUUCCAUGGCCAGCUACCUCCUGUCCCUGGUGAAAUCGGAGAAGAGUCGCCAGGUCAUGUGUGAGGCAGGCAUGCUCCAGACACUCAUGACCUUUUGCCACAGGGCCCUCAGCAUGGUCGGUAGUCCUCUGCACUCACUCCUCAUCAGGAUCUUUGAAAAGUUGGGUUCCCAAGCCAUUGAACCAGAUGUGCUAAGACAGUUUUUAGCCCUUGGAAUUUGCCUACCAUUGUCAGCUACCAAGAAAAGCUUCAGUUCAUCCCCUGGACAUGGAGACAACCCUGCAUGCUCAGAGUCACAGAAAGACACAGCUGAGAGACCUGAAGAUGCCAGCCCAUGCCCCGGACGGCCUCAAGAUCUCGGGUCCUCAGGCGUCUCCCAGGAUUCAGCCACAGCCCUGCAGACAGCACUGAGCCUCAUCUCCAUGACCUCCCCACGCAACCUGCAGCCUCACCGGGCAGCCCUGAUGCCAUCAUUUGUGGAAUUUGACAUGUCUGUGGAAGGUUAUGGGUGUCUGUUUACUCCGACCUUAGCCACUGUUAUGGGGACCAGCACAGAGCACUCCAUCUCUGGAGGGACUGGGACAGGUGCCCCCAGGUCAUUCCCUCCACCCGGAGGCUUGACUUUCUCCUGCUGGUUUUUGAUCAGCCGGCAGGCCAAUGUCAUAGAGGGCCACCCACUGCGUUUUCUAACCCUGGUGCGUCACCUAGCCAGGACCGAGCAGCCCUUCGUCUGCUUCUCCAUCAGCCUCUGCAUGGAUGACUUCUCCUUAGUUGUGUCCACAGAAGAAAAAGAGUUCCAGCCCCUAGAUGUUAUGGAACCUGAGGAUGAAACAGAGCCCUCUGCAGGGCGUCAGCUCCAGGUCAGGUGUGGCCAGUUGCUGGCUUGUGGUCAGUGGCAUCACCUGGCUGUGGUUGUGAGCAAAGAAAUGAAGAGGAAUUGCAUGGUUUCCACCUAUCUUGAUGGACAGGCCAUCGGCUCAGCCAAGAUGUUGUAUAUUCAGGCCUUACCUGGGCCUUUCCUUUCAAUGGAUCCAGCCUCUUUUGUGGAUGUUUAUGGAUAUAUUGGGACUCCUAGAAUCUGGAAACAAAAGUCGUCAUUAACCUGGCGUCUUGGCCCUGCAUACCUCUUUGAAGAAGACAUAUCCGUGGAUACUCUAGCACUUAUUAUCAAACUUGGCCCACGAUACUGCGGUAACUUUCAGGCUGUGUAUACUCAAGGAGAAGACCCAGAUGAUGAAGCCAAGCCCCUCAUCGCAGAGGAAAGGGUUUCUUUCAGUCUACAUGUAUCCAGCUCUUCCACCACCAGUGUAGCAAACAUCAGAAGCAUCUACAAUGAGGUGGACAGCCGCCUCAUCGCCAAGGAGAUGAACAUUUCUUCCCGUGACAAUGCCACACCUGUGUUCUUGAUGAGAAACUGUGCCGGCCACCUCUCAGGGUUUCUUCGGACCCCUGGUGCUGUUUCUGUGGGCCAGUUAGGGGUUAGAGUGUUCCACUCCAGCCCUGCUGCCAGCAGUCUGGACUUCAUUGGAGGGCCUGCCAUUCUCCUGGGCCUCAUCUCCUUGGCAACAGACGACAACACCAUGUAUGCAGCUAUGAAAGUCCUUCACUCGGUGCUGACCAGCAAUGCCAUGUGUGACCGCCUGAUGCAGCACAUCUGUGGAUACCAGAUACUGGCCUUUCUCCUGGAGAAGAAGACAUCCCUCCUAAACCAUCGGAUUUUCCAGCUUAUCCUCUCUGUGGCUGGCACUGCAGAGCUGGGUUUCAGACCAUCUGCUGUUACUAACAUGGGUAUCUUCCAGCAUGUUCUCUGCAAUUUUGAGCUUUGGAUGAACACUGUAGACAACCUGGAGCUUGCUCUCUUUUCCCAUCUCCUGGAGAUCCUUCAGUCACAAAGGGAAGGACCCAGGAAUUCUGGAGUUGCUCACCAGGCACAGCUUAUACCCAAGCUAAUCUUCCUCUUCAAUGAGCCAAGUCUGGCUUCCUCCAAGGUUCCCACCAUCAUUUCCAUCCUGGGCUGUCAGCUGAAGGGCCACUUCAACAUUCAGGACUUACUCAGGGUCGGACUGUUUGUCAUGUACACACUCAAGCCUUCAUCAGCGAAUGAGAGGCAGAUCUGCGUGGAUGGAGCCCAGGACUCGCCUAUGCCAGCUGGAAGCCAAACAUCUGGAAAGACAAUCUGGCUCAGAAACCAGUUGCUGGAGAUGCUGCUCAAUGUAAUAUCUUCCCCCCAACUUCAUCUGUCCUCUGAGUCAAAGGAACAAGUAUUUCUGAACCUGGGACCAGACUGGUUCCUGCUGCUCCUGCAGGGUCACCUGCAUCCCAGCACCACUACGCUGACACUGAAGUUGCUGCUGCACUUUUUGUCAAACCCUUCUCUCCGCGGGCGAUUCAGAGAUGGCCUGUCUGCAGGAUGCUGGGUGCAGUGCAGUGCCGAAGGCAUGGACAUUGUGAUUGACAACCUGAAGAGCCACCCCGUUGUGCCUGAUCAGAGCCCCUGCCUGCUUCCUGGGUUCCGAGUCUUGAAUGACUUUCUGGCUUAUCAUGUUCAUAUUCCAGAAGUGUACCUCAUCGUGUCCUCCUUCUUCCUCCAGACACCUCUUACAGAACUGACAGAUGGGCCCAAAGGGAGUUUGGAUGCUAUGCUUCAGUGGCUCCUGCAAAAUCACCACCAGCAAGAAGUCCUCAGGGCUGGGCUGUGCACAGAAGGUGCUCUGAUGCUACUAGAAAUGCUAAAAGCCACCAUGAACCAGCCCCCAGCAGGUUCAGAAGAUGGCGCCUGGGAAAGGACAUUCCCCAGCAGUAUUCUGCACUUUCUGGGACUGGUACACCGCUCCUAUCCCCAGGAUCCAGCAUGGCAAACCCCAGAUUUCCUCCAGACUUUGGCCACUAUCACCUUCCCCUUGGAGGCCCAGAAGGGGGCUGGCACUGAAGCCAACAGCAUUGCCGAAGGUCUCCAGACUCCUUUCCAGUCACAUCCGGUCCGGAGACAGCUGAAGGAGUUCACUCAGGCCCUCCUGAGGGAGCUGCUGCUUGGAGUGUCCAGUUCCAAGCACUGGCUGCCACUAGAAGUGCUCCUGGAGGCUUCUCCAGACAGUGUCACCAGCCAGCAGAAGCGAGACUUCCAGUCUGCGGUCCUGCUUUCUACCAUGGAAAUAUUUCACAUCACAAGUGGGGGCAGCAUGCCAACCCUUAGAGAGCCUCAGCCAAACAUAGAAGCCGCUGCUGCUCCUUCCCUUGCAAACAUUUCCUACUUCACCCAGAAGCUGGUGGAGAAGCUGUACAGUGGGGUGUUCUCAGCAGACCCCAGGCACGUCCUUCUCUUCAUCACUGAGCACAUCAUAGUGGUCAUCGAGAACACAUCUUCUCAAAGGGACACUGCCAUUAGCGCUUUGUACAGCAGCCUAAACAAAGUCAUCCUCUACUGCCUCUCCAAGCCCCAGCAGUCCCUGUCUGAGUGCCUCAGCCUCCUCAGCAUCCUGGACUUUCUCCAAGAGCACUGGGACAUUGUCUUUGCCACUUAUAACUCCAACGUCAGCUUCCUCCUGUGCCUCAUGCAUUGUCUCCUGCUGCUCAACUCGAGAAGUUAUCCAGAAGGCUUUGGAUUGGAGCCCAAGCCCAGGAUUAGUCCUUUUCACCAAGUCUUCCUUGCCCCAGGUGAAGACGUGAAAGAGAGGAAGGAGCAGGACCUCCCAAGUUUGAGUGACGUCCAACACAACAUUCAGAAGUCAGUGCGGGUUCUGUGGCAGCAGCUCGUGGCACAGAGGCGUCAGACACUGGAGGAUGCCUUCAAGAUUGAUCUUUCCGUGAAGGCUGGAGAAAGUGAAGUGAAGAUUGAAGAGGUCACACCACUCUGGGAAGAGACGAUGCUCAAAGCCUGGCAGCAUUACUUAGCAUCUGAGAAGAAGUCACUGACCAGUCGCUCCAGUGUCACAUAUCACAGCAAAGCGACUUCGUGGAGUGGAAGUUUGUCUUCAGCCAUGAGACUGAUGCCUGGGCGGCAGGUGAAAGAUCCUGAGUGCAGAGCAGAGGAUUUUGUGUCCUGUAUAGAGAACUACAGAAGAAGAGGACAGGAGCUGUACGCAUCUCUAUACAAAGACCAUGUGCAGAGGCGGAAAUGUGGCAACAUGAAGGCAGCCACGGCCUGGGCCAGGAUUCAGGAGCAGCUCUUUGGGGAGCUGGGCUUGUGGGGCCAGAUGGCAAAAUCCACAUCCUGUUCCCAGUGGGAACUAGAUGGAAGAGAAGGACCAGCUCGCAUGAGAAAACGCAUCAGACGCUUGUCUCCAUGGAAGGCCCAGAGCCCUAGAGGCCUCAAGGAGAGCCAAGAUGGAAAAGGUGGUGUUUCUCAAAGCAGUGUUGAAAAUCAAGAUGAACUGACACCAAAGGAGGCGGAGAGCAGACCAGAAGAGGUGGGGGUAGACUGCACGCAGCUGACCUUCUUUCCUGCUUUGCAUGAAAGUUUGCACUCAGAAGAUUUCUUGGAAUUAUGCCGGGAAAGACAAGUUAUUUUAAAAGAGCUUCUUGAUGGUGAAAAGGUGACACAGAAGAUCCCCCUGGUGGAUGUGCAGGGCCACCUGGUCUCAGAAGGGAUCCUGCUAUUUGGCCAGCAACACUUCUACAUCUGUGAGAACUUCACUCUGUCUCCCACAGGUGAUGUCUACUGCACUCACCAUUGCUUAUCCAACAUCAGUGAUCCCUUCAUUUUCAACAUGUGCAGCAAAGACAGGUCCUCUGAGCAAUACUACUGCCAGCGCCAUGCCUAUAGUGACAUCAGGGAGCUCCGGCAGGCCCGCUUCCUCCUGCAGGAUAUUGCCCUGGAGAUCUUUUUCCAAAAUGGAUAUUCCAAGCUCCUCGUCUUCUACAACAGUGAUCGGAGUAAAGCCUUCAAAAGCUUUUGCUCUUUCCAACCCAGCUUGAAGGGGAAAGGUGCCACAGAAGACCCCUUCAAUCUAAGGAGACACCCUGGCUUCAACAGGACCAUGCUGCAGAGGUGGCAGAAAAGGGAAAUCAGCAAUUUUGAAUACCUUAUGCAUCUCAACACGCUGGCUGGGAGAACGUAUAAUGAUUACAUGCAGUACCCCGUGUUUCCCUGGGUCCUCGCUGACUACACCUCAGAGAUGCUCAACUUGACGAAUCCCAAGACUUUCCGGGAUCUUUCCAAGCCCAUGGGGGCUCAGACCAAGGAAAGGAAGGAGAAAUUUACCCAGAGGUUUAAAGAAGUUGAAAAAACUGAAGGAGACAUGGCCGUCCAGUGCCACUACUACACCCACUAUUCCUCAGCCAUCAUUGUCGCCUCCUACUUGGUCCGGAUGCCGCCCUUUACACAGGCCUUCUGUGCAUUGCAGGGUGGAAGCUUUGAUGUGGCUGACAGAAUGUUCCACAGUGUGAAGAGCACAUGGGAGUCUGCCUCCAGAGAGAACAUGAGCGAUGUCAGAGAGUUGACCCCUGAGUUCUUCUACCUGCCUGAGUUCCUAACCAACUGUAAUGCAGUAGAGUUUGGCUGCAUGCAGGAUGGAACAGCACUGGGGGAUGUGCAGCUCCCUCCCUGGGCAGAUGGGGAUCCUCGAAAAUUCAUCAGCCUGCACAGACAGGCUCUGGAAAGUGACUUUGUCAGUGCCAACCUCCACCACUGGAUAGACCUCAUUUUUGGGUACAAGCAGCAGGGACCAGCUGCUGUAGAGGCGGUAAACACCUUCCACCCCUACUUCUAUGGUGACAGGAUGGACCUCAGCAACAUCAGUGACCCCCUGAUCAAGAGUACCAUCCUGGGAUUCAUUAGCAACUUCGGACAGGUGCCCAAGCAGCUCUUCACUAAACCCCACCCAUCCAGGAGUGCCACAGGGAAGCCUCCGGUGCCUGGAAAGGAUACCUCUACCCCUGCUGGCCUGCCAGGCCACCCACAGCCCUUCCUCCACAGUCUGCCAGCACUGAGGCCCUCCCAGGUCACAGUCAAAGAUAUGUACCUUUUCUCUCUAGGAUCAGAGUCCCCUAAAGGGGCUAUUGGCCACAUCGUCCCUACCGAGAAGACUAUCCUGGCCGUGGAGAAGAACAAAGUGCUACUACCCCCUCUCUGGAACAGGACCUUCAGUUGGGGAUUUGAUGACUUCAGCUGCUGCCUGGGGAACUAUGGCUCCGACAAGAUCCUGGUGACAUUCGAGAACCUGGCUGCCUGGGGCCCCUGUCUGUGUGCUGUGUGUCCAUCCCCCACCAUGAUAGUCACCUCUGGGGCCAGCACAGUGGUGUGUGUGUGGGAGCUCAGCCUGGUCAAAGGCCGCCCAAGAGGCUUGCACCUCCAACAGGCCUUGUAUGGACACACCCAGGCUGUCACAUGCCUGGCAGCUUCUGUUACCUUCAGCCUUUUGGUGAGUGGUUCUCAGGACUGCACUUGUAUCCUGUGGGACUUGGAUCAUCUCUGUCACGUGGCCUGCCUGCCUGUUCAUCGGGAGGGCAUCUCAGCUGUUGCCAUCAGUGAUGUCUCGGGCACCAUUGUCUCCUGCGCCGGAGCCCACUUGUCCCUGUGGAAUGUCAAUGGGCAGCCCCUGGCCAGCAUCACCACAGCCUGGGGCCCUGAAGGAUCCAUAACUUGCUGCUGUAUAGUGGAGGGGCCAACAUGGGAUACAAGCCACAUCAUCAUCACAGGGAGUCAGGAUGGCAUGGUUCGGAUUUGGAAGACGGAGGAUGUGAAGAUGUCUGUUCCUGGGCAGGCAGUUACAGAGGAGCCGUCCACUCAGCUUCCGAGCCCCAGAGGUCACAGGUGGGAGAAGAACCUUGCCCUGAGCCGAGAGUUGGAUGUCAGUGUUGCUUUGAGUGGCAAACCCAGUAAGGCCAGCUCAGCAGUGACAGCUCUGGCCAUGUCUAGAAACCAGACCAAGCUCUUGGUGGGCGAUGAGAAGGGGAGGAUCUUCUGCUGGUCUGCUGAUGCAUAGAAGGAGAAAGGCAUGGGCACAAAGCCGGGCAGCCCUGGGGGCAUCAGCACAGGCUGAAGACACGGAGGUGAUGUGUAGCUUGGGCUCUGCACCCAAAAGCAACUGUCUUUCCCAUGAUUCUCAAGGAAGGAGCCCUUGAUGGUUUGCACUGUGUACCUCAAAUUAUAUCUGUGACCCACAGGACUUCUGUAGGAAAGAUUCCAAUAUAAAGUCGUGCUGGAAACUGGCUUCCUGGCAACAAACUGCACAGGAAAUAUACAUGUGACUCAACUUACCAAGAGCUUAUUGUACUGAAAAAAAAAUGGGAUUGGCUGAUGGAAACUGUCCUGUUGUCUUUAUUUUAUUAAA